GCCAGAGAGAAGUUACUUUGGCAUGCAGCAGUACAGUCGCGGCGUUUAAUAAAUCUCGGGAUGGGCAUUUGGCAGGAGGUUUAAAAUAUCAUCCCGGAUGGGGAUUUGAUUGAAAUUAAGAGUUUUUGGACUUUUUGUUGGGUUGAAAGACGUGGAUUUAAGAAUGGGUAGAGGUGUAGAUAGUCUGGGGGGUCGUGUAUCCAGCCCAUAACAGACGUCCCGGAUUCUCCUCCACUUAAAACCCCCCCAAGAGUGAAAAACUUCCAAAGUAUUUUGCAUCGUUCGCAAGACGGUGACGUUGGUCAUCACGUGUGUUGGCGUUCUGGCGUCCGAUGGGGUUCAUUUGGUUGUAUGUGUGAAUCGUAUCGUUUUCGUUUCGUCCUUCGCCCUGAGAGAGAGGGAGAGGGAGGGAGAGAGCGAGAGCGAGGGAGAGGGAGAGAGAGAGAGAGAGAGAGAGCAUGCAUGCCUUGUGAAAAAAAUUGGAAAGAAAAUUAAAAUCGUCAACUCGUUUUAUGCGGCGAGAUCCAGAAAGCACAGAGGAAGGGAGCGAAUCCAGCAGCGAUCGGAUCAAAGAAGGGUCCCUCUCUUAUUGAAGAGGAGAGGGGAGGGGGACUGUUAAAUCCAGGGCAGGAGCCCCAGCAAGGAGGCGGAGACUGGGUGGGUCGUUUGUUCGGAGGCGUCCAAAUUGGCGGCGGUCGUGAGUGAGAGGGCGUGGCUUCCAUGGAGAGAAGAGGACUGUGAGCUGUGCUUUUGCGCUCGUGGGGUUAAGGACACGCGCUGUGCCUCCAUCUUCUGACGCCAUUGCCACCAGCGAUGGCGAGCAAGAGGAAGUCUACCACGCCGUGUAUGAUACCUGCCAAGACCCUGGCCUUGCGGGAUCCCGGCGUGGGCGUCAGCCUGGCGUACCACGACGAUGACGGGCAAACCUUACCGCAAGCGUUUGCCACUGACGACCAUUCAGCCGGAGAGGAGUCUUACGGCGAGAACGAGGGAGCGGUGCCCGAUGGGUUUGAGUGCAAGUACUGCGAUUUCACCGGCCAGGACUACCACGCCUUCACCGUGCAUGUGGAGUCGGCGCACUCGGAUGCGUGCAUGGGCCGGCUGUACGUCUGCGUGGAGUGCAACCACAGCGCCCACAGCCAGCAGGCGCUGGCAGAGCACAACACGCUGAGCCACAGCGUGGCGGACAACCUCAAGGUCAGCGUUAUCAAGAUGGGCAACCAGAUGCUGCCCGAGCAGAACCUCGCCGACUCCCGGGGCAACCUCUCCUCCUCCUCCCAGGAGAACGGGAAGGACAUGGACUCCCAGGCGGAAAUCUCCAUCAGCAAGACCCCCAUCAUGAAGAUGCUGAAGGCCAAACCGGACAGCAAGAGGAUCAGCAUCACCCACCCAGGGAGGGAGGAGCCCAGCGAGGAAGUUGGAGUGGCCAACGAGGCCAUUAAGAAGGUGGAGGGGCUAGAGGUAGUCCCGGUCAAUGGGCCAACCAGCUCUGGCCAGGUCGUCAAUGGGAGCACGGUGUUGCCGGUGCCUGUCCUACAGGCCGGCAUGGCCCAGAUCGUCCCGGUGGUACAACAGCCGGCUCCGGGCAACGUUUCCAGCCCCCUUCCCAAGGUCAUGAUCCCCCUGAGCAGCAUCCCCACCUACAACGCCGCCAUGGACUCCAACAGUUUCCUCAACAACUCCUUCAACAAGUUCCCCUACCCGACCAAGGCCGAGCUGUGCUGGCUCACGGUGGUGACCAAGUACCCGGAGGAGCAGCUGAAGAUCUGGUUCACCGCCCAGCGGCUCAAGCACGGCAUCAGCUGGACGCCGGAGGAGAUCGAGGACGCCAGGAAGAAGAUGUUCACCACCAUCAUCCAGGGGGUCCCUCAGCAGACCAUCACCGUGCUGCCCAGCCAGGUCACCACCACCAAUGGUGGCCACCACCUCUUCCAGGCCAACUUCCCCUGCCAGCUGAUGACCCAGGCGGGCAACAUUGUGGUCACCCAGCCCAGUGGGAUGGUGAAAGGACUCACCAUGACGGGCUCCCACGUGGCGGUCAGCUUGGCCGCUAUCCCCAGGCAGCAGCAGCAGCAGCAGCAGCAGCAGCAGCAGCAAGACAUCUCCAAGUUCCAGAAGCUUGGAGGAGCGACGGAGAAGAUCGUUACCACGCUUUGCGCCGUCCCGUCAGCGAUCGGCGGCUCGAGUCACCUCUCGUCCUCCAGCCUCAUGUCCGAGUUCGGGACGUACAAGUACAAGAAGUCCAAGGAGCAGUUGGCGGCGCUGAAGCAGAGCUUCCAGCGGGCCCAGUUCCCCGAGCCCGACGAGGUGGACCGGCUGGUCAGGGUGACGGGUCUCCGGGGCAAGGAGAUCCGCAAGUGGUUCAGCGACCGGCGCUACAACUACAAGAACCUCAAGUGCAACCAGUCCUUCGAGGCGGGAGGCCACAACCUGGUGGCGGCAGCCGCCGGGGCGGCCCUGGAGGAGACCCCCGUCCCCCCGCCCACCCCGGGCUCCCAGCCCUACCGCCGGCAGUGGCAGACCAGCUGCGACUUCACCCCGCCCAAGUUCAAGGGCAAGUCGGCCGAGCAGCUCAGCCUGCUGGAGCACAGCUUCAGCCUCGGCCCCUUCCCCGCGGAGGACGAGGUGGGCCGGCUCCGGUCCGAGACCAAGAUGACCAGGAGGGAGAUCGACCUGUGGUUCUCCGAGCGCAGGAAGAUCAAGAUGGACGAGCAGGAGGGGGGUCGCCAGGAGGACUCUGGGGUGGCCGACUCGGCCGGGGAUGAGGAGGACGAGGAGGAGGAGGUGGACGAGGAGGAGGACUCGGACGGGGAAGGGACGCCCAGCGACAGCAGCUCGGUGGAUAUGAAGCAGGUCUUGCCCCGUCAGGAGCGGCAGAAGGUCAGCCCCCUGAAGAUCUGCAUGAAGGACGGCUCCAAUGCCUGCGUCCAGCCCAAUGCUGCGCAGGCCGCCAAGACCACGAUACCCGGCGGCCUCUCCACCUCCUACCAUGCCCCCAAGUACAAGGGGCAGAACAAGAAGACAGUCCACCAGCUCCACCUGAUGAAGCUUCAGUUCAUGCGGACCCAGUGGCCCACGGUGGAGGAGUACGACGAGCUGGCCAUCAGAGCCAGGCUGCCCAGGACCGAGGUUGUCCGCUGGUUCGGGGACGCCCGCUACGCCCUGAAGAACGGGCAGCUGAAGUGGUUCGACGACUACAAGAAGGGCAUCUACGCCAUCCGCUCGGGCAGCAACAGCCUCAUCACCGACGUGCCGGCGGAGCAGUACAGGAUCCGGCGCACGCCGGGCCGGAAGAGCGGCAAGGUGGUGCUCUUCGAGUACUACACCCAGCACCGCAUGCUCCACGAGGAAGACCUCGACCGCCUCUGCGAGAAGUCCUGCAUGAGCUAUGAGCAGGUCAGGGACUGGUUCGCCGAGAAGCAGACCGAGGAUGCCAUGUACAUGUCGGACUUCAGCAACGAGGACCUGCAGUCGACCAACGGCGAGAGCGACAAGGCCAAGGUUGGCCCGAGCAUGGUCGCCGACGAGGCGUGCUCCGACGUGACCGACAACAGCGACAACUGGGACAUCCAGUCACGGGACGGUCCCAUGGAACUCAACGAGUUUGACACGGAGAAUAUCUCUGAGGCAGAGUGACAGAAGAUGAACACCCUGGAAAGUACAAGAAGUGAAGACGGCAGCUCGUUCCCGAAUGAGGUACACUGCAGACUCUCCUGGGCCCGCUGUUGGCUUCCGCUGCCGCCCGGACUGAUCGGAGACUGCGUUGGGAGACUGCGGCUGUGGUUCAGACUCUCUCUAGUGUUUUGUGAGUGUGUGUGACGGCACCAACACUGUAAAUAGACACUGGCAUAACUGACACUGAGGUGCCCACCUGCGAUUUUAUUAGCCUCCUGCAGACACCACAGUCGAAGAAUUAGCUUCACUGCACAAAUCCAUUUUUGUUUGUAUAUACCAGGACUGGAAGACAAAAUAAGGCGUGUUUACGACACGCAUAUAAAAGGGACUUUAAGUUGGUGAAUCCAAAUUGGCGGAGGUGGCGAUUGAUGCUUGGAAAUGGCCCUAUUAACCUUCUCGGUCAUCAGACUUUGUAGUCGGGAUUGCACCAGCAAAAUGUAUUAUCGAUCCCUAUUUGCACAGAGAUUUGGAAAUGCUUCAUGUUUUGACAAUUGCUGGUGUAUUUUUUAUUCCCUCUCCCCCUCCUCUCCCUUCCCCAUGUCGGGUGCGUCUGCGUUUCAGAUAGCACGUUGUUUACACGGAGAAUAAACAGGCAAUUUGAAGUCUC